AUGAAAAUGAUUCUGACCCCUCCAGUAACAACUGCGCCUCCUAGGCUGAUGUACCGGGUACUACAGGGUGUUCGUGAAACUCUGCAGCUGUUUUCCUCGAAUGACAGCGCUACCAUGGCGGACUGGGAUAUGUGGAGAACAGGAAAGGCUGUUCCACGGGAUUAUGAAAAGGAAAACAGUCCGUCAACGAGAGAUGGCAACGUCGAGGUAAUUUACACUGUGGCUGUUCUUGAAGUCGGACCGCUUUCUGAAGCAAACUCGAAUAUGACGGCGACGAUUGAAUACUCCAUGGCUUGGGUUGACGAUCGGCUCGCAGAGCUGACAAACUAUGUGACCCCGGUCUCCAGUGCCCUCCUGUGGGUGCCCCCAGUCGCCUUCGGAAGAAACGUGCGGAGGGUCGCGCACAUCAAAGAUGACAGGAAACACAACAGCACCAUAAAUCUGUGGCUUCAGCGACAAGGGAUCCUGUUCUAUAAAACCACGAGAAAGCUGGAGUUGAUUUGUCCGCCAAAUCUAGACAAGUAUCCGUUUGAUGACUAUAAAUGCAGCAUAAAGCUCCAUGGCUACGGCGGAGUUGUCUUCCCCUUCCGCCAGCCAUCGAAGUACUACAGGGCACAACCUGUGUACGUGGACAUGACCGCGGUGACGUCACAGUACGAGAUGACAGGACUGAAACUCAGCUCCAGAGUUGGCCCAUUUAACCAGCACACAGAUACAGAUACAGAUUGUGUCAUGUUCGAAGCCAGCUGCACCUUCCCUGCAAACGACUGUCCGCUGAUGAAAGGCUGUAGUGACGAAAGUGACGAAUGUUACGGGUGCAAACACUUCGUGGGGACAUGCAGCUACAUGAGCGCUGCUGACCAGUGUUCCAACACAUCAUCGGGUAAGAUUGAGAAUGUGUAA